AUGAAACGUAUGGUCGAGGGUAAGGAAUAUCUUUUGGUCUCUGUACGUAAGGAAGAUAUGGAUAAGAUCCAGAUGUUAACAGUACAGUCGAAUGCUGGUGAAGAUAACGAUGUAUGGGUUCCACAGCACUACUUAGAAGAUUGUCCUAUGUUAGUACGUCAAUUUGAAGAUGAACUUGCAAAAACAGUUCCAGUCGAGAAUAAUUUUUUAACACACCAGAAGAGACUUAAUAAACAAUUAAUAAUUCAAGAUAAGAAACAUUUUAUAAAUCAAUAUACAGUAAUCAACGAAGUUUAA